UUCUCGUCAAGCACCGUUAAUUUCACCGGCUGGAUGAGCAUGAGGCGGAAACAACGUCGUCUUUGCCAUUCUGAUGAUGAAUCUCUUCAAGAAGUCGGCACAUCCAAAUACCUCUGCUACCCAAGCAGGCGUGGGGCUUGACAUGGGUCGAAACAACGAACUAUAUGCGACCGAUGGGCCAACAGGGAUCAGAGUUGUCGCCGAUUCUUCAAAUGCAGUUGUCGACAUCGUCUUCGUUCAUGGACUCACGGGCAACCGCGAGAAGACCUGGACGCAUGACAAUGGAAUCUUCUGGCCAGCCGCUCUCCUCUCAGAAGACUUCCCUUGUGCACGUAUUAUGACAUUCGGAUACGACGCCGACGUUGUCCGCUUCUGGACCAUCGCGAGUUCGAAUCGGCUAGACGACCAUGGCAAGUCGCUAGCGUACGCACUUCUCGACCAGCGAGGACAAGUUGGCCAGCGACCGAUUAUAUUCAUCGCUCACAGCCUUGGAGGCUUAGUAUGUGAGGAAGCUCUAAACCUCAGCAGCAAGAGGCCAGACUUAGAAAGUAUUCUGUCGAGCUCUCUAGGUAUUAUCUUUAUGGGCUCUCCCCAUGGAGGCUCAUAUUUGGCAAGAUGGGGGACCACUGUGGCGAAUUACGUGAAUACCUUCCGGGGUACAAACCGAGAGAUCUUGAACACCCUGCAACCCGGCGCUUCAGAUCUGCAGAGAACUGAGGAAGACUUUCAGCAUAUGCUGCGACGAGACACUAUCAAGCUCAAGGUAUACUGUUUCUAUGAGGCUCUCAAGAUGAAUGACACUGUUGGCAAGAUUGUGGAAAGAGAAUCUGCUAUACUGCCUGCAUAUGAAAACUUCAGCAUCAACGCAAAUCACCGAAAUAUGACCAAGGUUACUGGACGAGCAGAUGUGGGGUAUGGUCAGGUUCGAAGUGUACUAGAAAGGUGGAUGCGGGAGUAUCAAGGUGGUCGCUCAGAAGUUGACGAACCAACAGGAGCAUCAAAAAUUGAUGGAAGCGGUUGUGGGGAGGCUUCGUACUACGGUCCUGUAUUUAACGGUCCCAUCUCUGGACGGUAUGUAAUACCCGGAACUCAUGUCACUGGCGGUACGGCCAAUUUCAAUUUCCCUAGAUGAACUGGAUACGUUUGGUAUUAGUGUAACCUUAGAUAGGCACGAGUUAUGAGAGGAGUCAUGUAAUGUGGACUGAGGGUCCGAGGAGCUAUACGAUUUAUAUGGUAUUGAUGAGACGCCAGACUCAAGGUUGAUUGGGCAUACCAUCGUAGAGCCCAGCUUACAAGUAGAGGGUAGCCUUCUUGGCUAUGUAUAUUCUAUAAUCCUACAGCAGCG